UCCAAAGUCCAAACUCUCAUUCAAGUCUUGAACAGCACAAAUAUUGAAUAGUCAACUUUUUAUUAUUUUAUUUCCAUUAAUUUUAAUUUAUCUUUUCUAAUUCAAUAUGCCAAAUAAAAGAGGAAAAAAAACAGUGUCCAAAAAAAAGACUGAAGACGUUAUAGUUAGGAGAAGUGCAAGGAACAAGGCUACAGUCAAUUAUAACUGUAUGGAUUCAGACGAUUUUGAAAAAUUAUCUGUAUGUGACGAAGAGGACUUUGAGUUACAAUUCCAUGAAAACGACGACUUCCAAGAUGUUGAAAAACAACCUACUGCAUUAUUCGUGGAAGGUGAAGUUGAGGGUAAAAAAAUUUGUCCAAUACCUGACUAUAGAGGUAUUAACAAAAAUUCAAUGAUUGAAGCUGCCAAGAAGCUUAGUGAACAUGAGAACAAAGGAAAAAAAGUUUCAAAAGUUAAAGCUUCUAAAGUAAAAAAAAAGUUGACUGUCUCAGAAAAAGAGAAAAAAAAUCCUGUCAACAAGGAAAAUGAGCAAGUAAUAGAAAAUGUGAAGAAACAAAGUGCACCAAUUCGAAUUACAAGAAGAACGGGAAAAGCUACUGAAUAUCUUAUGGAUUCAGAAAAUUACUUUGCCAUUCAAUCAGAAAAAUCUGUCACAUCAAACAAUACCUUGAGUAAACUGAAAAAACAAGACGAAAAACAGUUACAAGAUUUACUAAAAGUCAGUAAUCAUGUUCCAGAAGUUUAUAAAAAUAUAAUUAAAGCUAAUUAUGAUUCAUUGAAAAUGGGUUACAUUGAAUGGAUUCAAAUCAUGGAAGAGGGUUUUAACAUAUUAUUGUACGGGUUUGGAUCUAAAAGAUCACUGAUCAAUGAUUUUUUCAAAGAGAUAAUUCCUGAUGAACCAACGUUAAUAAUCAAUGGCUUUUUUCCGAAUUUGACUAUAAAAGAGAUAUUGGAUGAUAUUAUAGUAGAAUUAUUAGGAUUAAACACAGCUCCUAGUCAAAACGAAUGUUACGAUAUCAUAAAAAGAACUAUGAAUAGUUAUCCUAAUGAACGCAUAUAUUUAUUGAUACACAAUAUUGAUGGAGAAAUAUUGCGUACACAGAAAACUCAAGAAAUGUUGUGUCGUUUGGCGAACAUACCUAAUGUUCAUGUAUUGGCCUCAAUUGAUCAUAUCAACGCUCCUUUAAUAUGGGAUAACGUGAUGAGAGCCAAGUUUAAUUUUUACUGGGUUGAAGCUAGAACAUACUUACCAUACGAAGCCGAAACAUCCUAUGAAAGCUCAUUACUCAUUCAGAAAAACAGUGGGCUUGCUCUGUUGUCAAUGAAAAAUAUAUUUGCUUCAUUAACAACAAAUGCCAAAAAAAUAUUUAUGACCGUUAUCAGGUACCAGUUGGAAAAUAGUGGCCUCAAUUACUCAGGAAUGACUUUUAAGGAUCUGCUCACAGCAAGUAGAGAAAAUUUUUCUGCAUCAUCAGAUCAAGUAUUGCGUGCUCAGUUAACUGAAUUCGUUGAUCACAAGCUUGUAAAAUUUAAAAGAAAUCUCGAUGGAGCUGAGUGUUUGAUUAUUCCGUUAGAUAAUGCUAUAUUGAAACAAUUGCAGGAACAAUACAGUUCGAUACAAUAA